AUGAAGACGGAGGUUGAGGAUUGCUGCGAGUUGUCCCCAUACUCGAACCAAGUGGACCCCAAUUCCUCGACUCUUACUACGACCUCCACGACUGCUGCAGCACACUUCAAUCCCGAGGAGCGGUUGGCUCUCACCAGUGCAUGGAUCGCCGCGGCUUUGACUCAUGAGGCACAAGACUCGCAAGAAUUCUGGACCAAGAUUCAAUCCGACUACGCCGACAACUUGCCAUUGACUGGACGGCUUAAGACGGCUGAGGGGCUUCGGGUGCAGUGGGAGGAGAUGCACCCACACUUGGUCGAGUUCCUAACGCUGUUCAUGGAGAAGUGGAGCAAGUGCCAAAUCAACCUCCGGUACGCGUUGUCGCGUCGGAAAGAGGCUUUCAAGUGUGCGAAGGCUGCGGUCCGUGCCAAGAACAAGAGGUUCGGGGACUGGGAUUCGGCCUGGGAGCUCGUGAACCACGAGAAGUGGCAGAACGUUUUGAGCCCUCGGAUCAUACAGCACGCGGUUUCAGUCGAGAAAGUGAGUGCUCGACAGUCGCGAGCAAAAUCGAGACGUGAGGACGCAGAAGGAGCUGAAGAUCGGCGGGUGAAGCCACGACGGGACGUUGACGGUUCUCAACAACGAGCAAAACCAUCCAUGGCAGACGAAGUCGAACUCAAGAAAGUGGUGGCGCAGGGAAUCCAACUGGAGCUGGACAUCAUGACGAGAAGCGAGGACGGACUUUCAGCCGAAGCGGUUGAGUAG